AUUCUUAUUAAACAAGGGCCUCUUUUUAGUUUGUGACCAAUGGGAGAACUUCUCAAGACCAGGAGGCAGGAUUUGGAAGUACCCUGCCUCUGCUCUUGCCAAGAAAUGCGAAGCCAGAACACACUCUGAGAGCGCAGCAGGCGCGGUGGCGAUGGCGCAGCAAACUGUGGGCAAAGCACCCACCAGAGGGGCUCCGGUAUGAAUAAACACGCUCCCCACGUCUGGAAAAGAAACUCUCAGGUCUGCGUCGCCUCGCAGGGUGAGCGGGGGCGCUCUGCAAUGGAGGGGGGGAGACGGUGAGUCCUGAAGCCACCCCUCUCCUCUCCUUUCUCUUUUGUUCUUCCCUGGGAGAGACAACAUGCUGAGUGUUAAACUGCCCCAAGUGUUCCACAUUCACCAAGUACCACGAGUUUUCCAGGAGGAUGGGAUUAUUUCAGGAUAUCGCCACCCCCGUAGCUCUGCCCUGGACUGCAUCCUCAGCAGCUUCCAGAUGACCAAUGAGACGGUCAAUAUCUGGACCCACUUCCUUCCAACCUGGUAUUUCCUGUGGCAGUUCUGUGUCUUGUGCUCCACGCUGGAUUUCUGGAGUGAGUGCUACUCCUGGCCCCUGCUGGUGUACAUGCUGCUCAUCUGCCUGUACCCGUUCACCUCGAGCUGCGCUCACACCUUCAGCUCCAUGUCAGCGGAGGCGCGGCACGUCUGCUACUUCUUCGACUACGGAGCGCUCAGCCUCUACAGCCUGGGCUGUGCGAUCACCUAUGGUGCCUAUGUGAUGCCAGAUUGCUGGAUCAACAGCGUGUUUCAUCACUGCUUCGUUCCUGUAGCCGUGUUGAACACCCUUGUGUGCACAGCACUGUCCUGCUACUCAAGAUUUCCUGAACUGGAGUUUCCACGCUGGAGUAAGAUUCUAAGGACAGCGGCGUUCGUUUACCCCUUUGUUUUCGACAACAUUCCUCUUUUUUACCGGUUGCUGCUGUGUUCAGGGGAAGGCUGCACUCACAAUGAAGCUGUCUCCAGUCACUGCUAUCACCUCAUCUUUGCUUUCCUCACCUGCUUUCUGUUCGCAUCACACUUACCCGAGAGGCUGGCUCCAGGCAGAUUCGACUACAUCGGUGAGGCUGCCUGUCUGUCUGUGUGCAUGUUCUCCUGUCUGCGUGGGACCCUGUCUGUCU